CCUGCUCACACCCUGCCAGGCAAAGGAAGAAAAGCCAGAGGAGCCAAACGCCUCCAGUGUCUGGGAACACUCAGUGACAGGACAGGAAUUCUGCUCUGGUGCGUGGCCACCAACACCUAGUUGGGAAGCCUGUGGCUCGAACACUUGCUCCGGGAGAACCCGAUGGCUCCCAUGAGGCGAGCCCCCAGGAUGAGGCUGCCCGAGCUGCUGAUUUUCCUGGCCCACUGGGGAGUCACCAGGGCUGGACAAGGGAAGUUCUGGCACGUCUCUGACUUGCACCUUGACCCGGACUACAAGGUGUCUGAAGACCCCCUCCAGGUGUGCCCGUCCGCUGGCUCCCAGCCGGUGCCCAAUGCAGGCCCCUGGGGCAACUAUCUCUGCGAUUCUCCCUGGAUCCUCAUCAACUCCUCUAUCUACGCCAUGAAGGAGAUCGAACCAGAGCCAGACUUCAUCCUCUGGACUGGUGAUGACACGCCCCACGUGCCCAACGAGAACCUGGGAGAGGUGGCCGUGCUGCAAAUUGUGGAGCGUCUGACCGAGCUCAUCAGAGAGGCCUUUCCAGAUACUAAAGUCUAUGCUGCUUUGGGAAAUCAUGACUUUCACCCCAAAAACCAGUUCCCGGCCGGAAGCAACAAUAUCUACAAUCAGGUAGCAGAGCUGUGGCGACCCUGGCUCAGUAACGAAUCCAUCGCUCUCUUCAAAGAAGGUGCCUUCUAUUCUGAGAAACUGCCGGGGCCAAGCGCAGCUGGGCGAAUCGUGGUCCUCAACACCAAUCUGUACUAUAGCAACAACGAGCAGACGGCCGGCAUGGCCGACCCUGGCCAGCAGUUCCAGUGGCUGGACGAUGUGCUGACCAAUGCAUCCCGAGCUGGGGAAAUGGUGUACAUUAUCGGCCAUGUGCCCCCGGGGUUCUUUGAGAAGACGCGGAACAAAGCGUGGUUCCGGGAAGGCCCCAACCAGGAGUACCUUAAGGUGGUCCGGAAGCAUCAUCGAGUCAUUGCAGGGCAGUUCUUCGGGCACCACCACACCGACAGCUUUCGGAUGUUCUACGAUGAUGCAGGUGCCCCCAUCAGUGUCAUGUUCCUUACACCUGGGGUCACCCCAUGGAAAACCACGUUACCUGGAGUGGUCAACGGAGCCAACAAUCCAGGCAUCCGGGUGUUUGAAUACGACCGAGCCACACUGAGCCUGCAGGACAUGGUGACCUACUUCUUGAACCUGAGCCAGGCAAACGCGCAGGGGGCGCCGCGCUGGGAGCUCGAGUAUCGGGUGACCAAGGCCUACGGCGUGCCCGACGCAGGCGCCCGCUCUAUGCACGCGGCGCUGGGCCGCAUCGCCAGCGACCAUGGCGCGCUGCAGCGCUACUACGUCUACAACUCGGUCAGUUACGACACGCGCGCCUGCGACGAGGCCUGCCAAGCCGAGCACGUGUGCGCGCUGCGCGAAGUGGCCUUCGACGGGUAUGCCGCCUGCCUGCGCGCCCCCGGCGUCGCGCCCGCGCCCCGCCUCGAGCUCCUGCUGGUGGCGCUGCUGGGCCUGCGCACGCUGCUUGUGCCGAGACCUUGGGAGCCGCCCGCUGAUUGGCUUGGCUCGCCUUCGUCCUGGUAAAAUGGGGAGAGCAUCACCCCCGAGAGCUGGACUUUCCACCCUUUCCCCGGCGUCCGCAGAAUGAACUGGGACGGGACAGCCGAUCAGGAAAUGAAGCCCCAAGGGCCCCACCAGAAGCACAUUUCUUUCAAGUUUCAUGUUUUAUCCCAAACACAUUAUUAAUUUGUAAAUCAUGUUUAAAGUAA